AUGGUAGAAAUAGUGCACGCCGGAAUUUACGUCCUAUUUUACACGUUGAGUUCCUUCGGUAUUGCUCCCAUUUUUGGCAGCAAAUUCGAACGCAUCCUCCUCUCCCUUUUCCCUCCAGCCAACCAAAUGCAUUCGACCCAGUACUCGGAGCCGCCUGUCGCAUGCUAG